UGUAAAAUGUGUGUGAUCAGAAUUGAUAACUUCUUUCUUGUAUGGUUUCCUUUUUUAUAGAGAACAGAUUAAACUUAAGUAUAAAUUUGCUUGGUAAAUUACCGAUAGAAUAUCAUAGCAUUGAUUGUCAUUUAACUGCGAGUCUAUUCUAUGUAAAUGACGCAAUCAAAAAAUGGAUCGAUUUCAUGGAAAGACAAUGUAAAGGUGUAUUUAGAUGAUUAUAACAGUGACCUAAAUUUUGUCAUAGAAGAAGAUGGAUUAACUGGUUCCUGUUUGCAUAAAGAUGGCUUUGAGUUCAUUUGGGCCGGAGCUAGAGCUACACAUGGCGUAUCAAGGGGAAAGAACAAGUCCAUUUCUUGAGGACCUCCGCCAGAACCACCUGCACUUCUUCAAGAACUGCCAGCUGAUGACGUCAUGAGGGAUUUCCAUGAUGAUGACACUGCAGAGACUUCAACCAAUCCCACUAUGCUUGUGCCUGCUAUGGUAAAUGCAAUGUUUCCACUUGUAAGCAACACUCUUUCACAGGAGAAUGAAGAUACUAGUAAUGAAAUAUUUCCACAAAGUGGACGACUACCACCAAAUAACAACCCAGUGUCUUCACAAGGAUUAUUAUCCAGAGAUGAACGAGCUGCUUCCCUAAAUACUCAUAUUAAUGUUUGUUGUGAUCGCUUGGGUAAAGCUGUACGUCUGAGAUUACAGGAAAUAAAUAGCAUUUUGAAAGAUGAUAAAUUAAAAACAACUUUAUAAACAAAUUUACGAUGAAAUUGUUUUAUCGUGUUUUUUUUUAAAUAUGUGUUUAAUGUCAAAUGUGUGCAGCUCUUGUACCACAAAUUUUACCACAUUUUUUACAUAAAAUCUCCAAUUAACUAUUCUACAUUUGUAAAUUAAAACAGUUUAUUAUUUUUUGAUAAGGUUAGCAGAAUUAUAUUGACCGUUACUUUCCUUUUAGGAAGCUACAAAAUUCUUUGGUGGGACUCUGCGUUGAUAAAGUUUGUUGAUUCUAAAAGCUAAAAAAGUCUACAAAAUUAAGUUUCUGUUUAGCCACAAAAUUGUAUGAAUCUGGUUAUUUAUAAAAAUAUAAGUUUAAGUUAUUUUGGUUCCAAAACCGUCAUUCGUGAAAUUUUGUGGUCUGGUGCUUUGCCUUGUAGUUAAAACAAAAUUUUCUUAUGGAAUUGAUAAGGUUUAACUAUGAUUUGCCUAGUUUUUUACUUUGACCAGUUUGUAUCAUAAAAUAUCUCACAAUAAUACUAAAUAUUAUCAUGGCAUUGUAAUAUUUAGUAUUAUUAGCAAAAACUUUAUUUGUCGUGUUAAUAUCUAAGCGUUUUAGGCAUUAAUUCAGAGACCUACUACCAUAUUCUAACAAAUAAAAAUUGUUCAACGCAUGUCUAUAACUGCUUUUUUGAAUUACCUGCAAUUGUAUGCAGAAAAUUUUGACUAAAAUGUUUAAAAUGUAAAGAGAAACAUCUGCCAACACUUCAAUACUAUGUUAAGAUGAUCUGAUGAGAGAAAAAGUGAGAGAAUGUUCGCUGAAAACUAAUUAAAAAAUUCUUUUGCUCUUUGGUCCUUUUCUUUACUUUUCUAGAAGUCUUUUUGACCAUUAAAGUAAUUGUUGAGAAAUUGCUGUUUGUGAAUUUCUCUUUAGCUGUUUAAGCCACUGCAAAGGCUAUGACAUACGCAUGACGAGACAGAUGGAACACUUGAAUAGACAUCUGUUUAAGUUAGCUGUUUUGAAAACGCAACGCAUAAAGACCUAUACGCACUGUGAUAAAACAAGCAAAACGAAGAUAUAAAAUGGUACGAUGAUAUCUUACGUAAGAGAUUUUUUCAUUUUCUUUCUCCUUUCUGCCAGCUCUAAGCAAAAAUGUCAGAAUAAUAAUACAGAUGAAAACUGUACAUUGGAUAUUCUUCGUUGCACAGGAAAUAUUACAAUACCACAGACAAAUUAUUCCUGUGUUCUGUCUAAUAAAGAUUUUACUGGAUGCAAAGACUUGGAAAUGAAACACACAUAUACAUCUCAAGUACAAAUAUGUGAUAGUGGCGAAAUUGAUGAAUCCGAAAAGAAAAUCCAACGUAUCUGUGGAGAUGUAUUUCGACAAAAAGAAAAAUGUCUUGUUACUGUGAAGGCUUUGAAAGAUUUGUCAAACAAUGAACUUUCAUUACAAAACUGUGAGAUGUUUAAUGGGCUAAUCGAACUGGAAAAUCUCAACUUAGCUGGAAACGAUUUAAAAGAAAUUCCAACAGACUGUUUUAAAAGUUUGACCAAUUUGAAACACCUAGAUUUGUCAAACAAUGAACUUUCAUUACAAAACUGUGAGAUGUUUAAUGGGCUAAUCGAACUGGAAAAUCUCAACUUAGCUGGAAACGGUUUAAAAGAAAUUCCAACAGACUGUUUUAAAAGUUUGACCGAUUUGAAACACCUUGACUUGUCACGCAACAACAUUGCGGAAAUUCCCAAGGGAUGUUUUAAAACUCUUAACAAAUUAAGAAAUCUCAAUAUUUCUAACAAUAAAAUAAAGAAAAUUGAUCGUCACACAUUUGAUGGACUAUGUAGUUUAGAAAUGUUAUCAUUCAAUAGCAAGGAAACAGAAGUCCAACUUCGUGAUAUUUUUACUUUAAGAAAUUUAAAGAUUGUUGAAAUGUCCUGUGAAAAUUGCUGCCACUUUCUUUGUUUGAAUAAUAGUAUGAUAUGUAACUGCAGUCGAGACCCGAGAAAGACAUGCCGACGGAGGCUGUUGCAUAAAGAAAGUUAUCGUGUGUUUGUGUGGAUUACCGUUGUUCUCAUUUUUGUUGGCAAUAUUUUUGCUCUGAUAAUGAGGCUUCUUUUUGCCGAGUUACAUACAGUACAAAAUCUUUUUAUUUGCAAUUUAUGCUUGAGUGAUAUGUUGAUGGGAGUGUCUUUGGUUGGAAUAAUGUACAAAGAUCUGGCAACAUACGGUGAAUACCUUCUUCAUAAAUGUCUAUGGCCAAAGGAAACGACAUGUAAAGUUCUUGGAGCUAUCUCGAUUAUUUCAAGCGAGGUUUCGGUGUUUACACUAAUCUUUAUUGCAUACGACAGAUUUUUGUAUGUUGUUCAUGGUUUGCAUCAUAAAAAGAUCCGAUACCGUACAGCAUUGGCACUUUUAUUGUUUACAUGGCUAAUAUCUGCUGCUGUUGGUGUUUUGUCUAUUUUUCUUCCUAAUUACAUACCCCAGUGUCAAGGAAGGAAACUUGAUUACCAGUUAUUCCGGAAGAUGUGUAUACCAGUGGAGUUCAAAGAGAAAAACACUGUUUUUUGGUAUUACAGUAUUGCAAUACUUGGCGUUAUCAACCCUGCAGCAGCUGUGUGUCUGAUCAUCCUCUACAUGAGAAUAUUCUUUUCGUUUUACAUGACAUCAAGAGAUGCAGAAAAUCGAACGUAUGACCAUCGCGUUAUGGCAAAAAGAUUUGCUGCAGUUGUUUUCACAGAUGUCUGCUGCUGGAUUCCCGUUUCAACACUUUUUUAUAUAGAUCACGAUGAAAAUCAUUUUUUUAAAGAAUUAUUUAUGAUUUUUGUGCCCAUUAAUUCGGCCAUCAAUCCGUUCCUCUAUACAUUAAGUGCUCCCACGUUUUGGAAUGUAGUGAAGAAAUUCUUUCUCAGAAUUUUCAAUAAAUGGAAGCAAUAAUGGUUGUGACAAAAUGCUAUGGAUUUAUGAAUAUACUUUAUUAUUGUUGUUUUGGUCAAUGGAAAUACUUAUCAUAAAUUAAGCACAUGUCACUCCUCUAUUUUCAAGUAGAUCAGCUCGAUUUGACUGAUCUAACACUACAUAAUAAUCACAGUUAGUAAACUGCUAAAGUUUCAUAUAAUGUUGCACUUGUAGCUAAAUUAACAAUUAAAAUUGUAGGUGGAAUUUUGAA